UUUUUUUUUUUUUUUAGAACAGAAACCAAUAAUCUCAUAUUAAUGAUAUAAAUAUAAAUUUCGAUACAAGCUUUCCCUGGUUUGAAAUUCGAAACUCCAUAACAUUUCUCUCUCCCUCUGUCACAUGCACAAACACACAGUAAUGGCGAGCCAACCAUCAGAGCGAACAAUCGGAUUAUCUAAACAUACAUUAUCUAUCUGUGACGAAAGGAUCGAACAUAUGGGUUCACUAACAAAUGAUUGUUUUGCUCCUAGGGUCGCAAGAUUCCUAAACCCAAUAGCUAAAUCCCUCACAGAAGCUGUUGAUCCCAUGUUCAAACCCACCGAGCACUCAAACCCACUCUUCAAAGGAUGGAAUCGUACGCUGAACAAAUGGGCGGAAUGGGUCGAUCAAAUGGCCGGAAAAUACAGCUCCCUUUGGGUAAAUUCGGGUAUCUCCGACUCCAUCAUGAGCUCUAUCUACGAAGUCACCUGUAACCAUGACCUAAUUCCAGCUUUGUUACAGUUUUGGAGCCCAAAAACAAACACCUUCGUUUUCCCAUGGGGUGAGGCUACAGUUACUUUAGAGGAUGUAACGAUCCUUGGUGGGUAUUCAGUUAUAGGGGAUUCUGUUGAUGAUGUUGCUUUAAUGGCGGAUUCAGGGAAAAAAGUUGAGGAAAUGAAUCGGUUCAGGUCGGAUUUGGUGAUGAGUAAAUCAAAGAAAGCUUCGCAUUCAAAGUGGAUUCAAAUGUUCAUGUCCAAACAAAACGGACACGAACACGAACACGAACACAUUGCUUUUCUGUCAUUGUGGUUGUCGAGGUUUGUCUUCCCUUCUUUAGAUCGUGAUUCAAUAGGCAAACACGUUUUCCCAAUCGCAGUGAAAUUGUCACAGGGGGUCAAAUUAGCUCUUGCGCCUGCAAUUCUAGCUAGCAUUUACCAUAAUUUGAGAAUUUUUAAAGAACAAUCGUUAGAUUCUUCAAACUAUUGUAUCAAUCUGUCAGGUCCUUUUCAGCUGGUUCAGAUCUGGGCGUAUGAAAGGUUUCCAAUCAUAGGACCAAAACCCCCUAAUGAGCUUUGUGCAGGUGAACCCAGAUUAGCUCGUUGGCAUACUUUGAAUUCAAAUGUUUGUUUAACCCUUUUGCAUUCGCAUCUGAUCAACCCUGAAAAUUUUAUUUGGAGACCAUAUGUUGUUGAUGUGAAAAACUGGGUCCAUCCCUCGUAUUACCAUGAUUCGAGAGAGAUUGUAUCUGAUUUUAUGAACUUAGAUGAUGAAUUGCAGUCUUUUGUUCGGGUUUUACAACCUUGUGAACUUAAUGGGCUCAAUUGUAAGGCGAAUUAUCUACCUCAUCGUGUGGCUAUGCAAUUUGGUUUUGAUCAAGAUAUUCCUGGAGAUCUGUCUAGUUACAAUUUGAGCAAGUUUGUGAGACUUUUCGUUCCAUCAAGAUCAUUUCUUGGUGGGGUUUCAUUGAGGUACUAUGAUUGGUGGAAGAAUUUGGAUAGGAAAGAUGGCAGAAACUUUGAUUUGGAUCUUGAAGAAGGAUUUAAUGAUGUUUUUAUGAGUUUGAAGAGCAUAUGCAAUACCACAAAGAGGAAGAUUGAUUUCCUCAAAGGGCCAUUUGUUGGCGAGUCACAAAGCAAGAAGAGAAGAUUGGCAAGUGAAGUAGGAAGUGGGAGAAAUGAAGUCAUCCAAAUUGACUAAUAUUAAACAUUUAUAUAUGCAAUAUGCCCAAUAUUUUUAAAAGCCAAACUUACUUAUGCUUGUCAAAAUGAUUGCGUUUAGUUGGUUAUUAUGUAAAAGAUGUUUUGUUCAAAUGUUAAAUAUCAUCAAAUUUUUGGUAUA